AUGUCAAGCGAUCAAUUGAACCGCUUGUUCUCGAGUCUUGACAUCGACCCCGACGAAAUUGCGAGGGAUGCUAAUGCAUCAACGCUCGAGUUCGAUGCAGACUCCGAGCAUGGGCAAGACGACUCAGACGGGGGAGAAUCGGCACUGUCUAGCAAUAUUAUCGCUCAGCCUCGGAAGUUCGCAAAGAGCCCGGGUAUCAUGGUCAAGAGCCCAGUCGGCAGGGGGGCUACACUUGACGCGAAAAGAGGGAAGGAUGACCCCAAGUUCACCGCUGAGGCGUAUGAGUACGAGGAGAAGUGUAAGGGACGCUCCCACUUCUGCUUUGAUACUAGUGACGAGAUUGAUAUUGGCAUCCACGAGACCACCGGCAACAAGGUCGUCAAGAUUUACAAACCAACUUUGAAAGAGCUGGAAGACAGGGUGCGAAAACUGCUGGAAGAUGACAAGUACGCUCGUGUUCAUCCUUGCAUCGAAAAGUUCCUGAGGGUUCACAUCGAAGAGGGAGAACCAUUGCCUGUCAAGUUGACCAACCUUUGCGGGGGUGACUCGCGCAAUAACAGGAAGAUUGCGCGGUACCGCUUCGUCACGCUGAACAAGGUUCUGAUGCGGUCUUCGAAGUUUCAUUUUGCAUGGCCCUACUUUGCCUGUAAGACAGGUCCGCGCCGCAAAAUGAUCCUUCGGGAUCGCGUCCCAGACGACAUGUGCACUUUGGCGGACGAUCGUGUCGAGCAACAAGAUCACGCCGAAAGUGUGAAGUUGUGUCGUCAAGCGCGUCUUUUGACAUUGGCGGAUCUCGGACCGGACCCGCGACCCGCCACUUGCGAAACAGAUCCAGUUGUCGAAGACAGAUAG